AUGGCUGAGGCAUUCCUCAAGCACUAUCAGUACAACACUGAUAUGGCACCUAAUCGCACGCAGUUGCAAAAUUUGACUCAGAGGUCUGAGGAGUCCUUCAAAGAGUAUGCCCAGCGGUGGAGGGAAUUAGCUGCUAGGGUACAACCCCCAUUGCUAGAAAGAGAACUGGUAGACAUGUUUAUGGGAAACUUGCAAGGUCCAUAUCUUGAUAGGAUGGUAGGAAGCACCUCUUCAGGCUUUUCCGACCUGGUCUUAGCCGGUGAAAGGAUAGAAAAUAUGAUUAAAAUGGGAAAGAUCCAGAACUCUGCCAGUACUUCUAGUGCAUCAAAGAAACCUUUUGUUCCCUAUGGUAAAAAACGAGAAGGUGAGACCAAUGCUGCCUCCAUCAUUCGAACAAGAAAUCCCACUUAUCCACAAGUGGCUGCCAUAUCUCCCGUCCAACCAAGUCAACAACAACCAUUGGCAAUUCCUGUUCAAACUCAACAACAACAACAGGAGUUAGGACCCCCACCAGCGGUUCUUCCUCCCGGUUAUGAUGUAAAUGCCCGUUGUGAAUUUCAUUCUGGCGCUCCUGGGCAUUCGAUCGAGAAUUGUAAAGCAUUAAAGUACAAGGUUCAAGAUCUUAUUGACUCUAAGGCAAUCACGUUCACCCCCAAGAGGCCGAAUGUGAAUAAUAACCCGAUGCCCCCUCACAACAAUGCAUCGGUGAAUAUGAUGGAAGCUGACAAUGGGAGGAGAUUGAUGUCAUGUGUGGACGAGUUAAAAACACCACUCAUCGAGAUCAAGAAUGCUUUGAUGAAGAAUAAUACCUUUCCCAUCUGUGGUAAUGACUGUGAACAUUGUCUGAUUAACCCGCAACAAUGUAGAACAUUGAAGUCUGUCAUACAACAAUUAAUGAACCAGGGGAUCUUGGUGGUAGACUGCCCAUCCACAAACGAAGAUGUGUCUACCCUCGAGAUACCAUACGACGAAGUCCCUCCUCUACAAAUUCCAUAUGAGUUCUCUCAGUUAACUCUGUCGACAAAUCCUAUUACUCCAAUCAUAAUAACAGUUCCCACACCAUUCCCAUAUGUUGACACCAAGGCAGUCCCUUGGAUGUAUGACACCUCAGUCUACAUUCAUGGUCAGAAGAUUCAAGAAGAACCAUUGAAGUCUAGCGACCCAAUGAUCAAUAUCACAGGCACUAGUGGAGUCACAAGAAGUGGAAGGAUAUUUGCACCGACACCCACUCCAAUUGGAACUAUCAAUCCUUCAACUUCAGACAAAGGCAAACAAAUUGAUGGCGCUCAGCAAAGACAAGACCCCGUACCUUCAAGUGAAGUAGACGAGUUCUUACGCAUCAUCAAGAAGAGCGAUUAUCGAGUAGUUGAUCAGCUUAACCAAACACCCUCUAAGAUCUCAAUGUUGUCUCUAUUGAUGUGCUCAGAGGCCCAUAGGGAGGCUUUGGUAAAGUUUCUGAGGACAGCUCACGUACCGCAAGAGAUAUCUGUUUGUCAGUUUGAAGGAGUAGUUGACAACAUCGCUACUAGCUUAAGCUUAGUCCUAUCAAGAGUUUUGGUAGACACUGGGUCUUCCCUCAAUGUGAUGCCUAAGAGUUCCUUUGAUAAACUAACUAUUGAAGGACUCGUAAUGAAGCCGAGUGAGCUUAUAGUAAGAGCAUUUGAUGGGACUAGAAGGACUGUAAUCGGUGAGGUGAAUUUGCCUAUGAAGAUUGGUCCCCAUAUUUUCCUUAUCACUUUCUUCGUAAUGGAUAUCUAUCCAGCCUACAGCUGUCUGCUUGGGAGGCCUUGGAUCCAUUCAGCUGGUGCAGUCACUUCAACACUCCACCAAAAAUUGAAAUUCUUAGUUGAUGAUAAGCUAGUUAUUGUUGAGGGUGAGGAGGACAUUAUGGUAAGUCACCUCGCAUCUUUCCGAUACGUUGAAGGAGAAGGGGAGAUAAGAGAAGUCCCGUUCCAAUCAUUCGAAGUUAUCAAUGUUGAAAUGGUUUGCCCAGCAAGGGAUGAAUCAAAAGAUGCCGAAUCUCCCAUGGCAUCUCUUAAAGACGCCCUGACAAUUAUAAAGGAUGGACACCCCCAAGGAUGGGGAAGAUUGCUUGAACUCCCUGCCAACAAGGACCAUACCGGUUUGGGAUACAACUCCCAGAAUUUGAAGAAGCCCGCGCCGAUCGCUACAAGGGGAUCAGUGCUCCCGCUGUCCGACAACUUCUCAAGUGCUGGUUACCUGGAUGACAACCGUAUUUGUGCCGUGGAAGAAGAAGAAAAAGAAGAAGAAGAAGAUGAUGGCUUGAUCUUCACAAAGACUGAUGGAAAUGGUGCCACCAAAUGGACCGAGUUUGAAAUACCUAAAGUGACCUUGAUCGAAAUGUAA